AACGUUGUCCUUUUGAAUUUUGAUUUGACUGAAAAAGGUUAACAGCGAGAUAAAACAAAAUCAGAAUCGCAUCAUGUCACAAUUUUUCACUUUUGAACUAUUAAAAAAAAUUAUUCUAUUUCCAACACUACGGAGAGUCAUGCAUGACCAAAAUGAGUAAUAUUGAUCUACAGCCCACCACACCCAGGCUUACCAAUUAACAACGCAAUGCAAUGGCUUCUGUGAGUGAAUCCCAAUAAAGAGAACGAACAAAAAAAAAUAAACACUCUCCACUCGUGCAAGAUUUCUCGCGCACACGAUAAACCGGCUCAUCAUCAAGCGAAUAUUCUCGCUUACCACUUGUUCGUUAGUUUGCAUUCGGCCGCGAUUCGAUUCGGUUCGGUUCGGUUGUUCGUUAUGGGAGUGUUAAUUACGGUGCUGUAUCUGCUGGCUCCAGCAGUGUUGGCGUUUUAUCUUUAUGUGCGCCGCAAGUAUAACUACUGGGCCGACAGGAAUAUCCCGCAUGUUCCGGGUGCCUUUCCGAUGGGGUCCUUCAACGGAAUGGGCUCUAAGAUUCAUUUCACCGAAAUUUUGGAUCAAGCGUAUAAAAAAUUCCAAAAAACCGGUUCGUCCCAUGCUGCCUCCGGCAUGUACCUGGGUCUUAAUCCGAUGCUUCUGAUUCACGAUCUGGAUUUGGUUAAGCAGAUUUUGGUUAAAGAUUUUAACAAUUUCCGAGAUCGGGGAAUGUACUUCAACGAAAAAGAUGACCCUCUCUCAGCGCAUCUGUUUUCGAUAGAAGGCGAAAAAUGGCGAUUCUUAAGAAACAAGCUGAGCCCUACGUUCACUUCCGGUAAGAUGAAGUACAUGUUCCUUACCAUCCGAGAUAUUGGGGAUGAGUUUUUGCACUGUUUCGAUAAGUACAUCGAACACAAACAACCAGCGGAUGUGAAGGCUUUGGCUCAACGGUUUACCUGUGACGUAAUCGGAUCAUGCGCAUUUGGACUGCAGUGUAAUUCACUGAAAAAUGAAGGAUCGGAGCUGAUGACAAUUGGCGACAAGGUGUUCAAACCUGGCCUUCUUAGGACCAUUUGGGUGUUCCUUCUGAUGAGCUUCCGCGAAUGGUCGGUUAAGCUCGGUCUCAAGCAAAUUCCGGGUGACGUAACGGACUACUUCAUGGGCGUGGUUCGCAACACGGUGGACAAUCGUGAGAAGAACAACGUGAUUCGACAGGACUUUCUACAGUUACUUAUGCAGCUCAAAAAUAAAGGCACCGUUGAGGAUAACGAGGAAGCUUCCAACGAAACGAUUUCAAUGAAUGAUGUAGCGGCGCAAGCUUUUCUUUUCUUUUUCGCUGGAUUCGAAACAUCUUCGACGGCACUGUCGUUUGCUUUAUUUGAGCUGGCAUCUAAUGAGCGUGUACAAGAAAAGCUACGAGACGAGAUCAAACGUGUCCUGGAAGCACACAAUAACCAGAUCACCUAUGAAGCUAUCAAAGAAAUGACCUAUAUGGAUCAGGUGGUGAAUGAAACCCUUCGUAUGUUUCCACCGGUUGGUAAUCUUAUCCGUAUUGCAAACGAACCUUACCAGCUAACCUCACCGAACGUUACCGUUGAGAAGGGACAGAUGGUGAUGGUUUCGGUUCACUCGAUCCAUCACGAUCCGGCCAUCUACGAGGAUCCCGAACGGUUCGAUCCGGAUCGGUUCGCUCCGGAACGGGUCAAAGCAAGGCACAGUCACUGCUUUCUGCCAUUCGGCGAUGGACCCCGCAACUGUAUCGGAAUGCGUUUUGGACUGUUGGAGGUGAAAUUCGGACUCGCACAGUUGAUUGGUCAGCUGCGGUUCACAGUUAACGAGCGAACCAAGGUUCCACUGGAACUUGAUCCACGAUCCUCGCUGUUGGAAGUCAAAGACGGGAUUUGGCUGGACGUGUGUAGGCUUUAGAAUUAUCCUAGGUUGUAUUGAAAACUUCGGACGAAUUGAAAGUUCAAAAGUGCUCACUGUACUACGUAUUAUUUAUCUACUUAUGUCAUAUACGCUAUGUGGGAUGGGUUAAAAUCGCUUCAGGGAGAGUAGCUUUAAGUCUUGUAUACAAUUUCAGUAUUCAAUAUCUAUUUUAUUGACGGCGAUAUAAGCCUCAGUUUUAACACAAAUACAAUAACCAGUGAUCAAAUGUUUUAUGAAAAUAUAUUUUUAAACAGAUAAUAACAAUCGAAUACAGGAGACAAAACGAAAAAAAAUAUAUGAGAAAUAUUAAAGGUGCUUUAUUUCUGA